AUGGCCCGCAAUUCGGAGAAGGCGCAAUCGAUGCUGUUCCGCUUCCGGGCGGCGCAGGCGGCGGACCUGGGCAUCCUGGACAUCUCGCGCACGCGGCGGCCCAAGCUGAUCACGUCCAUCGACUCGAUCCCGACGUGCGAGAAGUGGCGCGGCCAGGUGCUCAAGGAGAUUUCGCGCAAGGUGUCGCGCAUCCAGGACGAGAGCUUGUCCGACUACCAGAUCCGCGACCUCAACGAUGAAAUCAACAAGCUCAUGCGCGAGAAGCACAUGUGGGAGGUGCAGAUCAGGAAUUUAGGCGGGCCGAAUUACAUGAGAGGGGGGAGGAUGGUAGAUGAGGACGGGAAGGAAAUACCAGGCGGUGGGAAGGGUUAUAGGUACUUCGGACGAGCACGUGAACUGCCGGGUGUCAAGGAGCUCUUCGAGGCAGCCAAGGUGCCACCGCAGUCGCAGUCGGUACACGAUGGCCCAACACGCGCGGAGUUACGCCGCAACGUUGACGCGUCAUACUACGGCUACAACCUGGACGAGGAAGACGGCUCGCUGCUGGCUUACGAAAGGCAGAAGGAGGAAGAGGCGUUCGGAAACCUCAUGCAGCAGCCCGACGAUCUGGACGUGGACGCGCCGUCAAAGAAGGGCAGGAAGGGUCGUCGUGACGAAGACGAGUGGGUGGAAUUACCCGGAGAUGCGGGAGAUGGCGUAGGCUGGGUACUGCCAUCGUUGGAUGAGGUGCAGGAAGAGCUGGUCGAGAGGAGGCGCCGCAAGCUGCUGGACAAGCUCGGUGGUUAA